CGUGGGGGCUGGCGGAUGUGUCGGUGUGGGCGCAGGCCAUGAGUGCGUAUGAGGUGAGGUGUGCUCGGUGCGCAGGGGGCCAGGCCACUGACGUCGCGCGCUCCCUCCGCCCCUAAUGUGUCGUAGUGCCAAAUAUUUUGCAAUGUGAAAGUACGGAAUAGUGCCACGCGUGACCUCUCCCGUCGAUUUUCGUCUGGUUUGUCGCUAUGUUGCGCUGUUGGAGUCUUGGUUUUUUUUUGGCUGAUGCGAUGUUGUCGACAUGCAUACCGUCAAUGAAAUCAUAUCCGUUCUGGAGAAAAUCAAUAUCACAAAAGAGCUGUUGGAGACCACCCGAUUGGGCAAGCACGUGAACGAACUCCGACGCAAGACCACAGACCCCACACUCGCGCGGCGUGCCAAAGUGCUCGUCAAGCGGUGGCGAGACCUUGUCAUACCGGCCAGGGCCUCGCCAGCACACACAGGCUCGAGUCGGUCAUCGGCUGAACGGCAAGUGCGGCGCUUGGGUGGUACUCCUCUUACCUCACCAGCUCUCUCCAGGCAAGUUGUAAGUCCUGCUAUUGCCAGUCCUCGACCGCCGUCCAGGCCAGCAUGGGGAGGGUACGAAUCGGACUCGCAGGACGUGAUCCUGGUGGACGACGACCCACCGCCGCCUACUCCCGCGCCACCUCCUACUGUCGCCCUCGCCGCCGCUGUGCAGAAGCAAAAGUCACUCACACCUCCGGUGAAGAGGCCGCUAUCCCCAGAGGCGCUACACGACGAUAAGAAAGCUAAACGGGACAAAAAGCCCAAGAAGAGAAGGGGCCACAGCCGUGCAGGCACAGGCACGGAGACGACGAUCCCGUCUCCCGCCCUGGCCCCCUCCCCCCUGCCUCCUGCCCUGUCCACCUCCCCCGCGCCCCCCUCGGCCGCGGGGUGGGUCGCGCGCAACGGCGCCGCGCACACGGAGAGGCGGAGGAACGGCUGCCGGAGGGACACGGUCGAUCCCUAUACUGCCUUGGUUAAUAAGAUACCCGCUGCCGGCGCCAAAAAGGUGAAAACAACAAAAGAGCUGCUGGAACAGAUUCAGUCGCGUGGAAGCAAACCGGUGCCGUCGCCAGAGUCGCCUGGGGCCGAUGAUGACGUUGUAGUCGUUGAGGAUGUGGUGUAUCCAAUAAAAUUGGAUUCACCGCUCCGUAACGGCAGCACCGAGCGACCACCUUCUCCUCCACGCCUCCCCACUCCCGUACCCCUCCCUUCCUUAGAGGACGAGAGGGAAUACUUCGAAUGCACCUGCGGGGAGGACGAGGCCGAGGACAGUUGUCCAGCGGCGAAGAUUACCGACGUCAGGCCGUACCACGUCCAUGCACUGCAUCACGCGUACCUGCCCGGCAUCAACGGCACGAGAGCUCCCACUCAUCCUCACCAAUUCGCGGUCAGAAAACCAAUGGACCCUGACAACACUGAUCUCUUCACCAGCAUUGUUCCUCUGUACAAGUACUCUGACUACGCGGAUGAUUAUUGCGUCAAAAACAUGUCACGAGUUCCCCUUUGCGAGAAUCUGCCUUGGACGCAGUUCGCUCCGCCCCCUCCAGAACCUCCACCUCCACCUUCCCCACCCCCUAUACGCCCUUACCCUGUUGACUCUCCAGAAGCAAAACCUGAAUUAGACAUAGAAGACGAGGAAGUUGAGGAAUCAAUAAAAACUGAAGAGAAGCCUGAAGUCUAUGAGUACAAGUGUUCAAUUAAAGCGGAGACUCCGUCUGUUCCUAGUUUAGAACCGAGCGAGCGGUUGAAAGCACCAUUACUGUCCAACGAGGAUGUUAAAAACUUUGGUGCCUGUGAGGUACCAGUUAAGAUGAACGUUGUUGAAGCAGUUAUGAGCGAAGAGGAGGACCACAGGACCGUUGAAAGAACGAAAGAGGACAUAGAUGGGAGAACGCUAUAUGCCUUAUUCCAGAGAGCACUGGAAACAGUUCCAUAUACAUAUGAGCAGACGGAUCCCGCUCCAGUUGUCACUCUGCCAGUGGACGUUAACGAAGGGGAGGAAGUCUUGGUGCAGGCUCUCAACGAUAUGGAGUCAGACCGGACGGUGGAUGAGCUUGGUAGACCGCCACGGCCUCCGAACUUCACAGAGUGGCAUGAGUGUGCGAAAUUAGGCGAUCUAAUUGCGCUGCCGUAUGUGGUGAUUGACUGACGUGACUCUGUGAUACUCUUUCGUGCUAAGUCAGUGUUGAAGUGCCAAAUUAAUGGAAGUGCUGAAGAGAUGUGCUUGUGUACUUGUGCUACGUUCAUCUGCAGACCUGUUGUUGACGGUUAGUGAUACUGUUUUUUUGUACAAUGAUUGUAUCCGAGUUUACUGUGCAGUCAGCGCUUAAGUGUACCGGGUCCACACUUGAAUCUUUUCGGUAUUUCCAAAAUACAAAAUGAUACGCGACCAUUUGAUACGUACAUACUAAAUAGUAUGAUACGCGUUAGUAGUUAAAUGCAAAUUCGAUAUAUCAAAAUGAUGGCAAGUAUGGACCAGAAGAAACACCUAAGUUUGGAAAACGAGCAUCUCCAUAUUGAUUCAGCCUUCGUUGUAAGCAAGUUACUGUCAUUUUAUACGUUUUGGAUGAAGUUACACAAUAAUUAUCAUUUUGAUGGUGUACAUUUUGAGCAUAGUUGAAAAAUUAUUUGAAAAGUUCGCUGUGGAAACAAAUUUUGCGUACCCCCAUUGUUCCCCUACUAGUGACGCCAAGGCAUCAUUGCUAUUCCUACAUCACCCUAUCUACUGCUAGACAUAUCAUAUCUUUAAAGGCGAAUGAAAAUGUUGAUGCGGUAAAUAAGAAAUUACUAUCGAGAGUUUGUUAAAAGCCCGAAACCGAAGGCUGAAGGCUAAUAACUCAGGUUUGUAAUUUUUACUGCCCGUGCUACUUUACUGAAAUGGAUUUUAUACGGAUUUUUUUUAAACAGAUUACUGACUAUUCUUCCCUUAAUAAUACAACUCGCACUAAAAUGUUAUAAAAGGCUCAGACGCAUGCAGCCACAAUGUAUUAGAUGUAAAAUAUAUCUGUGGUUCUAGUGAAAAAGGGCUACAAGUCAUAAAAGCCAAAUUUACAAGGAGAUGCGAAAAGCAGAUAUGAUAUUAAGCGUUAAGUGUUUUUCGCAUUUCAUUGUGAAGUUGGCUUUUUGACUUUCACCUCUUUUUACUAGAGCCACAGAAAUAAUUUUCA